CGGCCUGCCAGGGCAGCACGGCUCAGCUCAGAGGGCGCUCCCCACAGCGUCGCGCCGCGCAGGAUGCGCCUGCUGCCGGCGCCCGUCCUCGCGCUCGCGGCCGCGACCGCCUGCCUCUGCUGCUGCGUCUCUUCGCCUUCCGCCGUUCUGCCAGAGUCGCAGAUGCAUCCUAAAUUUGAGCGGAAGAUGGCGAAAGUGGGUGAUACUGUAGAGCUGAAAUGCCAUCCACAUUGGAAAAAUGGUCUUAGUAGUGGAUUCAAGAAGCACAAAGCUACGUGGAUAUUCCAGGAGUGUGGUGAGAGAUAUGGCCAGUACCCAUGCCCACAGCAUAUUGAGGAAGGGGACAUUAAUAAACCUCUACACCUUUGUGGAAAGAAAUUGUGCCAUGGCAAUCUGUUAAUGAAUAAUGUCUCAGUAGCAAACAGUGGGAUGUACCAGUGUGUUUAUCCUUAUGGAAACAAAACUGCUGACAGAAAAACAAUUGUUUCAUAUAUUUUGGAAGUUGUUGAAACUGCAGAAUGUCCACAAAUUUUGGAGGUGUUUCCAGAGAAUGUAACAGUUCUGGAAGGCUCACAAAUUAUUUUCAGUUGCAAAGCACUAAGUAAUGUUUUUGCACAGUUCCAUUGGGUCCGGAAAUAUGACAGCAGCUCAGCUUCACAAACUAUACGCUAUGGAGACAAUAUAUAUGAAGAUGCAAAAACAACUGAGGUCUUAUGUGACUACGUCAUAACCUUCGAACAUCAAGAAGUAAACGAAGUUAAAAGUGAUUAUACAUUAUGGGAUGGAUGGUGUGCAGCACACAGACACUCUGAAGGGCACUGAGAGAAUUAGAGUGUAUGACACAAUUAAAAAGCCUAUGUCACUGGAUAUACUGACUGGCCUGAUAGAGGGCAAAGAGCUCUGCUGUAAAAAUCAAGCAGUGUUCUGGGAGUCAAUACUGAAAAAGUUGGUGCCAAUGACAAAGGCCCACCCAACACCAUGGUCAGUCAUAGAUCCAGCAAUGUACAUGAAGGUGCUAUUGCUAAGCUGUGUGCUAAGGUCGAGAAACUUACAGUGAUAGAUCAAAUCUGGAGUAGUGUCCUUGAGAAGUGAAUGAAGUCCAAGAUGAACAUGGGCUGCCACAUGAAGUCAAGGCAGAGGAAGGUUCACAUCCAUCAUGAUGCGACACUACUGAAGAGGAUCUCCAAGUUGGGGAAGGAGAAGGCUGUUUCCCUUUGUUUGAUUUCUUAGAGCCUUUAAUGUUGGGAGACAAAGACUGACAUUUCCUAGCUGGAGGGACAUAACAGUACUUCACGGGAGUAUUCCUUUUGUCCUUUUUGGACUGCCAGUUGUGUUGCAGGUGAUUUUGCCAUGGGUAACAAAGAUUUUGUGGCUUGUUGUGCAGCUGCAAGAGAGUAGUUAGGGAUGCUACCAUGAUACUGGGUGAUUUUACAACUGCAGUACUUAACUGGAGAUUCAAGUCUGUGUGGCCAUGACCUUCAUGGGGCGAGGCAUAGUAAGAACAGUACUAUAAGUCUGUAUAGUAAAAUGAAGGGCUUUCAAAUGGUCAACAAUUAUUGAUUGACAGGGUAGGGUACUUUUUCCAUCACCUGGAUCUGCUGGAUGGCCUGCUCUUCCAGAUACAUAGGACACUCUCAGGGUGAGGCUGCUUGGUCCUCAUUACAACUGAUACAGUGGGGAGUACCUGCUAGGUGUCAGACAGAUGGACAUUCCAUGAAAUGAAAUUCAGGAGCACACAGGGAGGAAGAAGAAACAGAGAGACCUCAAAUGCCAAAGCCUUCAUGAGCAUCUCUACCACAAGUAACACAUUUGGACAUUUUUUGACAUGAAAUGUGAGUGUAGUUAUAACAUUGACACUAGUAAAAAUGAAUCAUGUUUUGAAUGUACAGUCAGACUGUGAUGACUUCAUAGCCUGCCUUUAUCUCUGAUGGAAGCACUACUUGAUCAAAUGUGAGGAAAAAAAAAGUGCAUGUAGCCACCAAGUUUGCAUUAAUCUUUUUCAUUCCCUGAUGGACUGCAGUGACACCCUGAUCAGAGAAAUAAUUUUGAAUUUCUCCAUUGGGCAGACCAUCAAGCAGCUGAGUGUAAAUAACAUCAUGCAAAGAAUUUAGCUUGUGAUGGGCCUUGUCAUGAACAGAUUAGCCAUGGUGGAAAAAGGAUGUAAACAGUUGUUGGGCUUGGAAAUCACAAUUGAUCUCCUGAAGCUAAGUCCUAUUCUGUAAGCAAGAGGAGGAUUUCACAGGGCCUGUAAUUGCAUCAAUGCCUUUCUGAAUAAUAAACAGAUUAAUCAUAGGGAAGGACUAACAUUCGUCAUUAGUACGUGAUACCAU